AUGACUAGAAGUGAGUGUAAUGACUGGCUGAAAUUUCUGCAGGCAAAGAUUUUAUAUAAGUUUGGUGUGGCUGAUAAAAGAAAGAAGGCAUACGCAGAUUUCUACAGAAACUAUGAUGCCAUGAAAGAUUUUGAGGAGAUGAGGAAGGCUGGUAUCUUUCAGAGUGUAAAGUAAUCCUUGGAAUAUAAAGAAUUUCUUCAGGUUGAAUUACCGAGAAGUUUGUCACUGACUCCUGAACUAUGACACAUGAAUAUGUGGGCUAAGAAAUAGUUCCUCUUGUUAAAUAAACAAUUAACAAAUACUUUGGACA